AUGUCUUACGCCGGGAAAGUCGCUGUUAUCACAGGCGGUUCCAAGGGUAUCGGACGAGCCGCAGCCGAACAAUUCGUCGCUCUCGGAGCCAAAGUCGUCAUCAACUACGCAUCUGAUUCUGCGGCAGCCGAAGAAGUAGUUCACAAAUUGGGACAGGAAAAUGUACUCGCUAUCAAAGCCGAUGCAGGGUCGCUCGCUGGUGUAAAGCAGAUUGUCGAUGAGACUGUUUCCCGAUUCGGAAAGAUUGAUAUCUUGGUUCCCAAUGCGGGAUGGAUGCCGAUGGCAAAUCUUGAAGCAGUCACCGAGGAGCUGUUUGAUCAAAUCUAUGCAAUUAACGUCAAGGGACCGUUGUUCUUGGCCAAGGCUGCUGUACCACAUAUGCCCCAAGGGUCACAUAUUGUAUUCAUCAGCACAUCACUAUGCCACGCCGGUAAUAUCAUGCCACCCCAACUACUAUACGUAUCCACCAAAGGUGCCAUUGAGCAGUUCACCCGCCUACUGUCUAGGGAUCUUGCGCCCAAAGGCAUUGUUGUGAACUGUGUGGCUCCAGGACCAACUGCGACUGAGCUGUUCUUGAGAGGGAAGCCGGAUGCUCUGAUUGAGGGUAUUAAGAAACAGUCGCCGUUCAAUAGAUUGGGAAACCCAGAGGAGAUUGCUGAAGCUAUUGUGUUUAUGGCGGGAACUUCAUGGGUGGCAGGUCAGACGUUAAAGGCUAAUGGCAGUUUGAUUUGA